UUCCCCCUCACACUCAUUUGCCGCCCAUUAUCAUAGUACCUGAGUACCUCACAAUCACCAGCACCCUUCUCCUCCCUCAUCGCCCUGGGACAGGGCUACUGUCCCCAUGGGGCUGAGGGGACCUGAGGCACAGAGUGACUUGGACACACAAUGAGUCUGUGUCAGACCAGGGGCUUGAUCCCAGGUCUCCUGACUCAUAGGCUAGUGCACAAACCAAAGGGCCUCCUUCAGCUACCAGCAGCUUCUUGGCUAUGGUUCCCAGUAGCCCUGAGAGCCCAAGCGCUAGCCAGGCACUACAGUGCCCCUCACUUUAGCAGCAUGUGGGUGGGGUGGGCUCAGUUUCCCUUGCAGAGUCAGCUUCUCACUUUCUCCUAUGGUUUGUGUGGACCAUUCACCCAGCAGCCAGGCAGAGACCCCGGGCAGAAGGCAGGGAGACGUGGCUGUGAUGCCCCCAUGCACAGGGGCACUUGAGCAGUGUGAUUACCUGAAUCUGUGGUUCCCCCUCCAGGAGAGGGCAGCAUAAGGCUGCGGCAUUCACGUCUCCAGCAAUGCAAGUCACAACCCCCGCACCAGCUGCGUGUGUGUGAUGCCCGUGUUGUGUGCAUGACGCCCACACAGCACCACCGUGUGCGUGACAUCCAUGCCGUAUGCGUGACGCCUGUGCAGUACCACCGUGUGCGUGACGCCCGCGCCAUGUGUGACGCCUGUGCUGUGUGCGUGAUGCCCAUGCCGUGUGCAUGGCGUCCGCGCUAUGUGCAUGCCCAUGCCGUGUGCGUGACACCCACGUGACAUUGUGGCUCCCGCAGGUUCGGUGAGAAGGAGGCGUACAUGGGGUUCAUGAACGAAUUCCUGGAGCACAACUGGAGCCGCAUGAAGUUGUUCCUGCAGAGCGUGGCCAACCCUGACAGCAGUGCCCACCUGGUGGCUUACGACGGCUAUGUGGACUUGGCGCUGGAGCUCUCCACCCUGCAUUCGCUGCUCUGCGACAUAUUCACCGGCCUGGACCAGCGAACGAGGGAGCAGUUAGAGCCCCUGCCGACCAUCCUCAAUGCCAUCAAAGAGGGGACACCAGUGCCUGUCUCCAUCAGACUUGGCCCCGGCAUGGACAGGUACCUCCUCUUCCCUCCCCAGGAGCGGUGAUCCAUGCAGUGCAGGACUCCAUGGGCCUGGGGGGUUCUGUCAUUGACAGCAGCAGGAGCAGGACAGGGCUGUUGGA